CUUCGUCCUGUGCUGAGUAGGGUCCAGCCUGGGAAGGUCCCACCCAGCAGCAGCCUUAUUUUCUGCACAGGGAGCAGGAAGGUCUGGCAGGCGAGCAGCUGGUCUGCAUGCAGGUAAAUAUUUGACUGGGUAUUUGCCUGUUGGGUGCGGGGAAGAGACUUGGCGAGGACACCAGCCCAGAGGAAGCAGUCAUAACCAGGAGCCCCAAGAACAAUCCAGAGACACUUCGUCCGCUAGUGCAUCGCCCACCCGGGCUUCAGGUGGCCCGUUACCAGCCAGAUGUUCACUGCAAACGCAAGGACCAGGCAGCUAAAUGGCACCUGCAGCAGCUCAGUGGACAUGGAGCUCUUUCUCCAUUACUCCCUCAUCCCAUCACUUUUCAUCAUUUUGGUCUUGUCCCUCCUACAAAGACGAGAGCACUGUAGACAGACAGAGGACACCUCCUACCUCCUGGGGAACCACUUUGGAAUCAUCGUGCCUCUGGACUUCGUGGGGACUUUCAGUAACCGGUGGUCCUAUGGAAUCGCCUUUGGGGCCACAGCCAAUAAGAUCAUGUUCUUGUUCUCAGAAGGCUACCAGCCCCUGCAGGUCCCGCAGUGGGCCCAAGCCUUUGUGCUUCUGAUCGGAGGCUUCGAGGUCGGCCUGUCCUUCUUCCCCUUCUUCGCCUGCCUCUCGUCCGAGUUCCGGCUGACCAGCUCCAUCCUGGGCUUCUGCUACUCCCUGCUCUGGCUGGAGCCCCUCAGAGUCCUAAACCCAAACCAGACAGGUGCCUUCCUGUGUCCUUUCCCACAGGAGGAAAAGCCCCUGCUGGAAGCUCACCAGGCCGAGCACGUCAAACAGCUCCUGAGGAAGGCCUGCCCACGAGAGAGAAAAAAGUCUUGGUUCCAAACCAGGGUAUAUGACUGGGACCCCUGUUUUCAAUUCCCAAGCAGAAUGGUUGGAACUAUCGUGUUGGCUUUCAUCUGCCUGUAUCUCUUCAUCAUCAUUGAGUUCUGCAUGUUUGUGUUCGUGAGAGACAAGCUGGAUGUGUUUGAAGGCAAGCUGGAGAGUUAUGUCGCCUUAAUGAACGAGACGGGGACCCUGACCCCAGUCAUCUUGCAGGUGAAGGAGCUGAUCAGCGUCUCCAAAGGAGUCUGGGUGGCUACCAUUUUACCUGCAUCUCUCACGAGUGUGAGCUAUCUGUUCCAUAUUUUGGCUUGUUACAGAAAGCACAUGAAGAGGCUGUGGGCAGGAGAUAAACACUUUCUCCCUUUGCGGUUCCACAAUCCUUCUCCGUCCGAGAGUGUGGUGGCCAUUGCAAGGUACUCCGGCUGGCAAAUAGCUUAUAUUCUGUGGGGCUACCUCAUCAUCCAUGUGAUGCAGAGCCUGUGUGGCCUGAUGAUCAUGUAUGGCCUGGUGCUUCCUGUCACCCACCACAGGGGCCUGGAGAUGCUCCGAAGGCUGGGACUUGGGAUCCUCACCAUCUCCAUCAUCCUGGGCCUCAUGAUCCUGCAGAUGUGGAUUGCCGCCAGCUUCUUCCUGCAGCCCAAGCUGGGCCCAGGGGACAAGCAGAAGCCCUUGGCUCUCAAUAACAGGAAAGCCUUCCACAACUUCAACUACUUCCUAUUCUUCUACAAUGUGCUGCUGGGCCUGGGCGCCUGCCUCUCCAGGUUGCUCAUCAGUUGCAUCCUGGGCACGUGGCUGAUUGCGCGCAUCGACAGGACCAUCAUGCAGAGUGGCUAUGAGGGAGCAGACAUGGGGUUCAGCGCGUGGAUCGGCAUGCUCUAUGUGGACCAUUAUCACACCAACCCUGUGCUCGUCAGCUUUUGCCACAUCCUGAUCACAGGCCACAGGGAGAGGAAGCAGCAGAAGGCCAUCAAAUACUGGUGCCUGGACCAAUCAGCAGGUCCCCGCAUCUCAGCUAGGUCCAGGACGAGGUGGCGCCUGCUGCAGACCCUGAUCAACAACCCCAGACUCAUCAUGCUCAGAAAAUCAAAAUCAGGACAUGGUUCUCAGGAGUUUACCCAGAUUCUGUUGACGUGCUCAGAGAGCUGACACUGGCUACUCACAUCUGCUCCAAGGCCAGGUCAGGUCGUCUGCUCCUGAGAGAAGGCUCAGGCUAACCAGCAGCUAUUCCCUGUGAUGGGAGGGGGUGGCACAGGCACUGUCCACGCACAUGGCAGACAGCAUUGUGGCAUGGCCACCUGGACUGAGGGUCGAAGUUUCAGGACUAUUUUGCUCUUUUAUGAAAAAAAAAAAAGAUAAAAAACUAAAGAAAAGGUUUUUGAGCAAACUUUAUCCAUGGAUACUUCUACUAUCCACCAUUGUUAAGAAGCCCAAAGCUUGACUCCGAGGCAGAACUUUGUCACUGAAGAAGGUGGUAAAAUGUUUACAUCAUAAAACUCUGAUUUCCUAGAACAGAGUGUGGUCCUCAAUUCUAUGGAGUCCUCAUGGCUUUCUUCUUUCCAGUCUUUAGGGUGGUGGGAGAGAAGGAAACCGAACACCUGGGAAGAUGAGCAGGUACAGAGCACUCUGUCCCAUGGCAGCUGGGGGUGAGGAGUGGAUCAGAGCUGACCUGGGCCUUGCUUGCAGAGAAGAUGCUCAGACUCUCUCUGACCAGGGUGGGAUCACCUGGGUGAACCACCUGUCUGAGGAAGCAGAGACGGGGUAGGCAGGCAUUUCAGGCAGGGGACACUAAGACCAAAGUGGUAUAAGCAGACAUGCCCCAGCAUGUGUGAUGAGGGUGAACUUUGACGCAUAUCGGGGUACAGGGUGCCAUGGGUUGGUUAGGACCACUCCAAGCACCCACAGAUGCCGGGUCAGUAGGCUUGGACAUUUGUUUUUGUGCAGAGUCCAGAACUUGCCCAAAUUUUUAAUGCUCAAGCAUAAAGUAUCUGAUGACCCAAGAUCUGUGUAAAGUUUGAUCAACCAUUCAAAGUCCCUCAUGAGCCUGGGAAAGUGCCCUGAGGACCCCCCAACAUUGUAGAGGAAAAUCCCCAUCCACCACAUGAAUCCCAGAGCAACUGUAAUUUGGUUACCAGUAUGAAGUACGUGGUGUAAACUUAGUCCUGUGGCUAGGUCUAUUUGCCAGAGUUCUCUCUGUUAGCUUAAUCUCCACAACCAAGCUUUGCCAUUCUGCAUUUAACAACAAAAAAACAAGGACUCCCAUACCACACUUUGAAGCUGUUUGACAUUGGCCAAAUUACUUUGCCCUUCUCCAUGUACUUUCCUUAUCUAUAAAAAGAAACCCCAUAAGAUAAUACCCCUAGCAGCCAAAAUUAUUUUAAGGAUAAAGUGAGUUAAUAAAUAUGAACACUCUGAAGCUAGUCUCUAUCUUAUCCUAAACUCUUAAAAGCAAAAGACUUGACUUUGUAGGUUGCUGUGACUUGAAUAUGGGUUGUGUCUCCUAAAGGUUCAUGUAUUAAAGCCUUGUUCUCCAGGGUGGCACCUUUGGUGAGGCCUAGUGGGAGAUCCUUAGGUCAUCUGGGGUGUGCCUUCAAGGGGACUGUGGGACCUGGGUCUCUUCUCUCUGUUUCUUACCAGAUGGAGUGGGUGUCACCAUUUGCUCCCACCAUUUGUGCUGCUUCCUUGGAGGCCCAAGGCAAUGGGCCACUUGACUGUGGACUAGAACCUCCAAAAACACGAGCCAAAAGAAACCUCUGUUAUUUAUAAGUUAAUUAUUUUAGAUAUUUUGUUACAGUAACAGGAAGCUGACUUAAACAGAUGUCAUUUUCACAUAAAGAUAUCCAAGUGGCUAACAAGUACAAGAAAAGGUGCUUCACGUUAUAUUAUAACACAUCAGAAGACACAAAUUAAAACCGUGCUGUUAUACCACCACAUAAUGACUACGAUGAAAACUGGUGACACUAUCAAGUGUUGAGGAGGAUUCAGAGCCACUGGUACUUUUGUGCACUGUGGUUGUGAAAACUGUUAUAACCACUUUAAGAAAUUCUUUAAUGGUUUCUUCUAAAGAUAUACAGAUACAGACUCUAUGACCCAACAAUUCCAAUCUUAAGUAUAUGCCCAAGAGAAAUACCUACAUAUGUUCACCAUGCAAAAGAAUGGUCAAAAACAUUAUAGAUAUAGUCCCAAAUUGAAAAAAAAAAAAA